CAAACACAUUAUUUCUAGUCUCUGAGACCAAAAACAUGGCUACUCUUUCAUCAUUUUCUACCAACCAAAUUCCCAUUUUAUCCCCAUCAACCAUCUUUUCAACUAGAGGUGAAGAACAAUGGGUUGGAUCCUUGGAAGUAAUCAAAAGAAAGCAGCCAAAAUGUUUAAGGCAAUCAAACAGAGUUAUGACAAGAACAAGAUCAGAAAAAGGUGAUGUAAUUAGAGAUGUUGAGAUUCCAAGAAAAUGGUAUAAUCUCAGUGCUGAUCUUAGUGUGAAGGCUGCUCCAUAUCUUCAUCCUCAGACUUACAAACCAAUCAGACAUGAAGAUUUGGCACUUUUGUUUCCUGACGAGUUGAUUAAGCAAGAGCUGAGCAAUGAAAAGUUCAUUGAUAUUCCUCAACCAGUUCUUGAUAUUUACAAUCUUUGGCGCCCAACACCUUUGAUCAGAGCAAGGAGGUUGGAGAAAUUUCUUGAUACACCAGCAAAGAUUUACUACAAGUAUGAAGGUGUUAGUCCUGCAGGAUCACACAAACCUAACUCUGCUGUUCCGCAAGCUUACUACAAUGCACUGCAGGGAAUCAAGAAUCUUGUGACCGAAACCGGUGCCGGCCAAUGGGGAAGUUCUCUGGCUUUUGCUUGCAGCUUAUUUGGCCUUGGCUGUCAGGUGUUUCAGGUUGGGGCUCCUUAUGAUCAGAAACCGUAUCGCAGACUAAUGAUGGAAACUUGGGGUGCAAAAGUUCACCGAUCGCCUUCAAACAUCACGGAAGCAGGCAGGAAAAUCCAGGAAAAGAACCCAUCAAGUACAGGAAGUUUAGGGAUAGCUAUUUCAGAAGCUGUAGAAACUGCAUCAGGAAAAGCAGAUACGAAGUAUUGCAUGGGAAGUGUACUGAAUCAUGUUUCUUUACACCAGACUGUUAUAGGUGAGGAGUGCCUGAAACAAAUGGAAGUUUUAGGUGAAAACCCCGAUGUGAUCAUCGGGUGUACCGGUGGCGGAUCAAGCUUUGCAGGUUUCAGUUUUCCGUACAUCAGAGAAAAACUGAAUGGGAAACCGAGUCCUGUCAUAAGAGCAGUUGAACCUACAGCUUGCCCUUCUCUAACAAAAGGAGUGUUUGCAUAUGAUUAUGGUGAUAAUGCAGGAUUGACUCCGUUGAUGAAGAUGCAUACACUAGGACAUGACUUUAUGCCUAGCCCUAAUCAUGCCGGGGGAUUGCGCUACCAUGGUAUGGCACCAAUGAUUUCCCAUGUAUACGAAUUAGGUCUCAUUGAAGCAAUCGCAAUUCCUCAGACAGAGUGUUUCCGAGGUGCUAUUCAGUUUGCGAGAACUGAAGGACUGAUACCGGCUCCAGAGUCCACUCACGUAGUUGCGGCAGCCAUCAGAGAGGCUCUCCAUUGUAAAGAAACUGGAGAGGAAAAGGUCAUCCUUAUAGCAUUGAGUGGACAUGGACAUUUUGACCUAACAUCAUAUGAUAAGUACUUGAGAGGAGAUAUGGCUGAUUUGUCAUUUGACAAGGAGAAAAUAGACGCUUCACUUGCUAAAAUUCCUCAGGUCGUAGCAUGAAGAGUGAAGUGAAAGAUUUCCAGCUUUAAGUUGCUACUCGCAACUGCUUUCGUACUUUCCUGUAAUAAAUAAAUGGCAUUGAUCGCCUUGUCGUGUUUUAUCGAUCGAUGAAACACAUGAUUCAUGCCCUUGUACUCGUCUUUUUUGUUACUUUUAAUAAUCAAUGAGAAGUUGAUUAAUGUCG